AUGGAUUAUGAUGAUAUUGAAAAAUAUAUUCAACAUAUAAUCGAUAUAAAAGAAACAAGUUUAAAUUUAAGUAAUCGUUCAUUACGUGCUGUACCAUUUUCUGUUAGUUUAUGCUCAUUUCUUCAAAAUCUCUAUUUAAAUAAUAAUGAACUUAUUAUUCCACCUACAGAACAAUUAUCAUCAUUGAUCAAUUUAGAAACUCUUUCAUUAGAACAUAAUCAAUUAACAAUCUUACCAGAUACAUUAUGGAAUUUAACAUCAUUAAUACGUUUAAAUCUUAGUCAUAAUCCACUUGGUCAAAUAUCAUUACAAUUAGGUCAAUUAAAAAAUCUUCAUGAAUUAUGGUUAACAAAUAUAAAUUUAUAUGAUAUACCAUUAAAUAUAUUUAAUAAUUUAAAUCAAUUAGAAAAGUUAUCAUUAAAAUCUAAUCAUUUACAACGAUUACCAAUAGAUAUAGGACAAUUAAUAGAACUUCAUUGGUUAAGUAUUGAAGAUAAUGAAUUAAAUGAUUUACCAGAUUGUUUACAAGAUUGUUUAAAUUUAUCAUAUCUUAAUUUAAAUGGAAAUCAUUUUAUUCAUAUUCCAUCUAUCAUUGGAAAAAUUUCAUCAUUAAAUAUUAUUUGUUUACAACGAAAUGCUAUUGCUGAAAUAAAUGAUGAUACAUUAUUAAUGUUUUCAAAUAUGACAAAAGUUGAUUUAAGAGAAAAUCCAUUAGUUGAUAAACCAAAACAUUGGAAAGGUUUAGAAUUUAUUAAAGUUGGCCGUUGUAUUGAUGUAAUUUCAUUUGAUGAAGAGAAUGAUGAAAAUUAUUCUGAAUCAUUAAGUUCUAGUCAUGAUGACAAUCUAGAAUAA